AAACAGCGAGGAAGGUGGGUCGUCGCGGCGCGCGCGUGGCUCGGCGUCCGUCCCCCCGAUUUGCCGCGCUCUCCUUUGCCUACUCUUCCCCUGCCUACGUCGCCUCCUCAGAUUUUCUCGUUGCCCCUGAGUUCUGGAGCGCCCAUUUCUCCUGGCGGCGGUGAAUGAGUUCGUGUUCGGGGAGUGAGCUGAGCUGAUCCUCGCGGCCCCCCCCCUCGCCUCCCCUCCCGCGUGCGAAGCCAGAAGCUCCUUCCGGGUUAGCCAGCAUUGCCCCCCUCGCAAUCCUCGCCCCAACAUAACACGACGCGGGAGGCGGCAGCAGCCAGACACCCGGCGCGCGCGGGGAGGAGCAGCAGCGGCGUCUCCCUCCUGGCCGCGGGAGGAUGCGAGCGAGCAGCCGAGCCCAGCCGAGAGGUGGCACCACCAGGCGCAGCCAGACGGGAGGCUGUGGCGCCGCCUGAGUGUCCGGGCGGGCAGGCAGGGCGAAAGGCGGCGGCGAGGAGCGAGGCAGCGGCGGGCAUGGAGCGGCAGUGCUCCGGCGCGGUCGGGAAGCCCAGCGCGGGCAGCCGGACGGCCCCGGACGGCGCGCGGGGCGCUGGGCCGUCGUCGUCGUCGGUGGGCGCCCUGCAGCGCGGGGGCAGCCAGAGCGCCGAGCCGGACGAGCUGAUCCGCAGAGCUCUGGAUUUCAAGAGCCAAGGCGCGCAGUGCUACAAGGAGAAGAAAUUCCGCGAGGCCAUCGGCAAGUACCACCGCGCGCUGCUGGAGCUCAAGGGGCUGCUGCUGGCCCAGGAGGAGGACGACGACGUCGGGGACGGAGACGAGCCGCCGCCGCCGCGCCCUCGUCCUCCUCCUCCUCCUCCUCCGGCGGCGGCGGUGGGCAGAAGCCUCACGGGCGAGCAGAGCCAGCUGCUGGAGAGCAUCGAGAUCGACUGUUACAACAGCUUGGCAGCCUGCCUCCUUCAAGCUGAGCUGGUGAAUUACGAGAGAGUCAAGGAAUAUUGCCUGAAAGUACUGAAGAAGGAAGGAGAGAACUUCAAGGCACUCUAUCGGUCAGGCGUAGCGUUCUACCACCUGGGAGACUACAACAAGGCACUUUACUACUUGAAAGAAGCAAGGUCCCGACAGCCAACAGAUACCAACGUUGUGCGGUACAUCCAGUUGACAGAGAUGAAGCUGAGCAGAUGUUCCCAGAGGGAAAAAGAAGCUUUGUGAGAAGGUGUUGGAUUGCAUGAGAGGAUGUUUCCUCCCCUGAACGCCCCUCAGGCGAACUUUUCCUCUCUCAUGGCUCCACCUUAGCUGACAGUCUCUUCCCACCAACUUCCUGCUUUACUUUUGAUCCCAGCUGGAGUGGGGUGGGGUGGGGUUGCUCAUUGGUAUUAGAAAGAAGAGACUCAAAAUCCCGGUUCUGGCUUUGGCUGCUUGACGGCACAAAUCUAAGCCCUCAAAGCACAAUCGAUACAGCCAGUGGCCUUCCAGGACUUCUAUCCAAAGGUUCAAAGGGAGCAAUGGAAGGCCAUCUCCUCCACCUUGUGCUUUUACCAUUCGCUGCUGCUGUCACACUCACCAGCAAACAGAAGGAUCGUCAGCCUUUCUUCUCAAAUCCAGAGGCAACAAGGAGGGCUGAGAGUCUGCAGCCGCCUCACCAGAACCAGACCCCCGUUGGGCAGCUUUCUACACCUGCAGAUUUUUAAGUUGCAGCAAGAAGCGGCCUCCCAUCCCACAGAGGCUUAUUUGGCAAUACAUUCUGAUGAAAGCACACUGGGGAGAAAUGUACUUUAAGCAAGUACUUUAUAGAGUCCAAAAACUGGGUGGGGCUUUAGGGACAUGGAAGAACCUGAAACAGAAUGUGAAAGGACACUAUUGUUUGGGGAAUGAAACUGUGGAAUGGUUAACUAAUAUCAAAUACAUGUUGUUUAACAGGCAGCAACCCCAUAUAUUAUAAUAAUAAUAAUAUUUUUCGGAAGGUGCACCUGGUCCCUUUGACCUAAAGAGGCAGCAUGACCGUGUAACUAGUCUCAGCUCAGACAGUGCAAACUGGAGCACCAAAUUAUGAUUUUGCCAUCAUCUCGAUAACCACCUGUGGGCAAGUCACUUACCCUUUCUGUGCCUCAGUUUCUCCAUCUGUACAGUGGGGACUAUAAUGCCUCCCUACCUCACAGGGGGUGUUGUGAGGAUUUGUUUAGUUGAUGUUUGUACAGUGCUAAAUAUUAUUAUUGGUACGCUGGACUGA